AGAGCCCAGGUGCAGGGGCCACGAGCUGCCACUGUUGGCACCAACUGCCAUCACUGUGGCAAAGCCAGUGGCCACACCAUGCUGCCUUGGUUCCUGGUCCUCUCAUGCCUGAGCCAACUGAUCAUUGCGGGCCGGGAGUCUGAAACACCACUUCUGCAGAUAACAGUGCCACAGAAAAUCGAGAGCAACAUCAAGGAUGCCAAGGCGGCACAAAUGCAGGUCACUUACUUGGUCAGAAUUGAGGGCAAAGCAUACACGUUCCAUCUUGAAAAACAGUCAUUUUUACAUCCACAUUUUAUGGCAUAUUUGUAUACCACAUCAGGAACAUUGCAAACAGAAUCUCCUUUAGCAAAGGGUCAUUGCUUUUAUCAAGGACACGUUGCCGAGAUCCCAGCAUCAACUGUGACCCUCAGCACUUGUUCAGGUCUCAGGGGCUUGUUGCAGUUAGAGAACAUCACUUAUGGAAUUGAGCCACUAGAGUCUUCAGCUACAUUUGAACACAUGAUUUAUCAAAUAAAGAAUAAUAAAAUUGAUUAUUCCCCCUUAAAAGAAAAUUUAAAUCCCCAUCAUGAAAGUCAGUCCUACCGAAUUCUUGUAAAACCAGAGAAAACUUCAGAUGUGUCACUAAUGAAGAGGACCCUUUAUGUGAAGAUUGUCAUGGAUAAAGCCAUGUUUGACCAUAUGGGCUCCAAGAUGGGAGUUGCAAUUCAGAAAGUUGUUCAUAUCUUUGGUCUCAUUAACACGAUGUUUUCCCAGCUGCAGAUGACUGUGAUGUUAACCUCUCUAGAGAUCUGGUCAGACCAAAACAAGAUUGACACAAAUGGGGUUGCUGAUGAAGUUCUGCAAAGGUUUCAGUUGUGGAAACAGAGCCAGCCAUCUGAAAGAGGCAGGAUUAUCACGUAUUUACUCCUGUAUAAGGAUUACCCUGAUUAUGUGGGAGCGACAUAUCACGGGAUGGCCUGCAACCCAAAGUUUACAGCAGGAAUCGCUCUGCAUCCAAAGACCUUAACCAUGGAGGGCUUUGCUGCUGUCCUGUCACAGCUGCUUGGGAUUAACCUGGGGUUAACAUAUGACGAUGUCUACAACUGCUUCUGUCCCGGAAGCACCUGCAUCAUGAACCCUUCAGCAAUACGUUCGCAGGGCAUCAAGGUUUUUAGCAGCUGCAGCAUGGAUGCAUUCAAACAGCUGGCUUCACAGCCUGCCCUAGACUGCCUCAGGAAGGAGCCAGAGCCAGAGGUUGUCGCUCUGCCCCAACAUAGCACGUGUGGCAACCACGCAUUGGAGGCACCAGAGGAGUGUGAUUGUGGCCCUCCAGAG